GGCGUAAACCGGUUGGUUCGACCAAACCGGAGCUCUUCAACUAACUCCAUUCUCAGUCCACAAGUCAGAAACAUCACACAAUGAACAUGACUUCGUGUUCUUCUUCAUCUUCUUCUUCUUUCCCACGACUCUUCGCCGCCAAAUCUCGAAUCUAUAAAGCACCUCUUGUGUCCUUCUCCACUCCAAAACGCCGUCGUCCUCGUCCUCGCCGGAACCGGAAAUCUAAUGGCUCAUCCUACGACCACAGCAACGGCAAUCUUCUUUCUAUCUCCACUUCCUCUCCCGCCGGAGCUGACGACCAAAGUCUCAGCUUAACCCUAGACGUUCACCGGAUUUCAACUCUAGCUAAUACCCGUUUCCAGUUGUUUCUCGAUUCCGGCAAAGACGCAUUCUCCGACUUGCAAACACUAAUCGCGCUCGAUGAUAACCGGAGAAUCGUCGUCUCGUGCAAAAAAUCAACUAUGCAAUUCGUCGGCGGUGUGGUUAUACUUGGAUUCGUAUUUGGUAUUGCAAUUAGGGUUCUUGUGAAAUUAGGAUCAGCUUUAAAGGGUAAUUUCCAAAGUAAUCCCAAAUUUGUAGUUAGGAGAGAUAGGAGUCUUGGUGGGAAGGAAGUGGUAGUCUCUGUUGAUAACAUUCGUACAUCUUCAAGAGAUUCCAAGAGCUCCAUAGCUUCUGAUCAAGUUCCUCGAAGUAACUCUAUACCCAGAAAUCUUCACCUUAAAGCUCAGAAUAAUUUGCCGAAAUGGUGGCCGACGUCAUUGCCUAGCCAGAACUUUGAUGUGGUGGACAAAGAAGACUAUCAGAGAGAAGCCAACAGAAUCGUUCGAGCAAUCGUCGAUAACAGAACCAGCGGAAAGGAUAUCACGGAUGAUGAUAUCAUUCAACUGCGUAGAGUAUGUAGAAUUUCUGGUGUACAAGUCUCUUUUGAGCCAAAAAAUACCGGAGAUUCCUUUUACAGAACAUCGAUUGAUUUUGUCCUGAAUGCUUGCAGCAGAGCUCCGUGGGAGUCUUCUUCUGUUGAGAUUUGUAGUGAAGAUGCCAGAGAGUUCAUUGCUGGGCUCGCUGAGAACAUUGGACUUGCAAAGAUAGAUGCUGCAAGAAUGGUUUCUGCAGCAGUUGCUGCACGCACACGUUCAUGGUUUCUACAAGCUUGGGCUUUGGAAAUACAAGGUAAACAUUCUGAAUCGGUGGCAGAACUAUCGAAAAUAUGCCUCAUUCAUCGCAUAUUUCCUCCCAACGAGUACUCUGCUGAGAUGGAAAUGGUUGCAAGAGGGUUGGAGAAACUCAUGAAGCUUGAAGAGCGACAGUCUCUACUGAAAACGUUUGUUGGAAUGUGUUCCAGUGAAGAUAGUCAAAGAAGCGCAGCUGAGGCUCUGGGUUUGGUGCACUGGUAAUUAAAUUGUUUUGAUGCAGAUUAUUCAACAUCUAUUGAGGACAAGCAUUUCAAACACUGUCAUACUCAACUUAACAGAAUGAUUUUAAAGUAAUUGAAUAGUUCAGAAAUACUCUUAGUAUAGUGUCUGAGUGACUCUAGUCCAAUGUUCGUGUGACACUCUUUUUAACACUAUAAAAUCAUGAAUCAAAU